AUGUUCCGCACGCUCGCCACGUCGCUCGUGGGGGCCUCGCUUGGCGGCCUGGGGGCCGCCAUGAUCGGACCUGGCCCUCACGCCAAGGCGAAGCCUUUCACGCUGGAGGAGAGCUGCAAGCCCGAGAACCGCGCGUCGGCCGCCGAUGCACUGCUGCCCCUGUUCCAGACCAAUUACGACGCCAAGAUAAAGGAAGCCUUCGCGAGCAUCGGCGGGCCAGCGAUGCUGACCAUCGGAGACGGGCACUCCAACGGCCUGUUCUUCAACUUCAUGGCCCACGUGAACCGCACGGUCGUGGAGCAAAGGGUGAAUCUGCCGGUCGUGAAUGUGGCCCUGGACACGCUGGGCAUGAAGGGCUGCGAGGCAACCCAGCAGCGGCUCGCCGCUACGAGCCCCCGCUCGGGCUUUGUGUCGCGACUGAGGACGAAGCUCUCCGGGAAGAAGCCGCAGCCCACGCCCGUGCUCAAGUGCGUGAGCGUGGAGGGUUGGCUGCCGAGCGAGCUAUCCCAGACCGACCAGGCGGCCGGGGUGAGGGGCACGGGCACCUGCAGGUACAACAUGAUCAUCUGGACCAAGCCGCACAUCCUGAAGUCCGCCCUGCAGGCCUCCAGCCACGGCGUGCUGAUGAUCGACACCGACGUGGUGGUCAGGCAGGACAUCCUCCAGGAGAGCGUGCAGCGCCUGACAGAGAAGAAGGGCGCCUCCAUCGUCACUGGCAUCGAGAACACCCGUGCCGACAGGAUCAACACCGGAACAGUGUUCAUCACGCCGACUGGGCGCAUGUUCACGGAGAUCAUGGACGAGUGGAUCAAGGAGAACUCCAACUACCUCAACGACGACCACGGCGACCAGGCUGCCCUGCAGGCGGUGUUCCUUACCAACCACCGUCUGCUGCAGUUCGCGGUGACCUACGGGGAUUCCGUGGGCCAGUGCUCCCGCAUGGCCCGCGUGGCGACCCACUACAACUGCUACGCCAACAAGCUCGCGCCCAUGAAGAGCCAGGGCGACUGGGACGUUGCCACCCAGACCGCGCGAGAGCAGCUCGGGCUCCACAACGAGAAGGGCUUCAGCAAGCAGUCCGAGUGGCUCCAGCAGAAGAUCGAGAGCCUGGAGGCUGGAGGGGAGUGGAUCAUUCCCAACACCCACUUUGAGUGA